GGGCAAAACUUUGUGUUGGGAAGAAGGCCACGACUGCACUAGAACGAAGAAAGAGCCCUUCUGUAUUGUGUCCUUUUGUGCUCGCGAGUGUGUGUUUCUGUGUGAGAGAGAAUGAGAAAGAGUGGUGGGGGAAAGAGCGAGAGAGCUAGAACGAGCGAGCAACGAGCGAGCGCGCUGGCAGCGCUAGCGGCAGCCGGCUGAAUAGCGCUCGGCGUCCUGUGCGCGCGUGCGGGGUCCGGCCCGAGUCCCACCGCCCGCGAGCGGGUUCCUCUGCGGCGUCGGUGCGGAAGCAUCCGGAGGGACCGGUGGGAACGCGAGCAGGCCCAGGGUCCUGUGGCUAAAUCUGGCCUCGGAGCCCGCUGUCCUCCGCGCUGCUGCGAUACCCACUAGCAUCCUUGUUCCCGGCAUCCAAGCCGGGGACUCUGCUGGGAAAUCGUCCGGGCCCAACUCGGUCCUCCCCGCUCUCCAAGGUUGGGUCGGACCUGAACCCCUCAAAGCGGAACCUCCUCCCGCCCUCGCGCCGGCCGCCCAUCGGGAGCUGAGUCGCCAGCGGAGGUAGCGGUGGACGGACCCAGGAGUUUCCUUUCUCACUGGAUGGAGCUGAACUUUGGACGACCAGAGCAGCGCGGCUGUCCGGGGAUCGCUGCAUGCUGAGCUCCCUCGGCGAGACCCAGCCGAGGCUCAGGAUUUUUUGGGGGGGCGGGACCAACCGCGCGCCGGCACCAUGUUCCUGGCAACCCUGUACUUCGCCUUGCCGCUCCUGGACGCGCUCCUGGCCGCCGAGGUGAUCGGCGGGGACCGCCUGGACUGUGUGAAAGCCAGCGACCAGUGCCAGAAGGAGCAGAGCUGCAGCACCAAGUACCGCACGCUGAGGCAGUGUGUGGCGGGCAAGGAGACCAACUUCAGCCUGACAUCCGGCCUGGAGGCCAAGGACGAGUGCCGCAGCGCCAUGGAGGCCCUCAAGCAGAAGUCGCUCUACAACUGCCGCUGCAAGAGGGGCAUGAAGAAGGAGAAGAACUGCCUGCGCAUCUACUGGAGCAUGUACCAGAGCCUGCAGGGAAAUGAUCUGCUCGAAGAUUCCCCCUAUGAACCAGUUAACAGCAGAUUAUCUGAUAUAUUUCGGGUGGUCCCCUUCAUACCAGAUGUCUUCCAGCAAGUGGAGCACAUCCCCAAGGGGAACAACUGUCUCGACGCCGCCAAAGCCUGCAACCUGGACGACACCUGCAAGAAGUACCGGUCGGCCUACAUCACCCCCUGCACCACCAGCAUGUCCAGCGAGGUCUGCAACCGCCGCAAGUGCCACAAGGCGCUGCGCCAGUUCUUUGACAAGGUCCCGGCCAAGCACAGCUACGGGAUGCUCUUCUGCUCCUGCCGCGACAUCGCCUGCACCGAGCGGCGGCGCCAGACCAUCGUGCCCGUGUGCUCCUACGAGGAGCGGGAGAAGCCCAACUGCCUCAACUUGCAGGAUUCCUGCAAGACGAAUUACAUCUGCAGGUCUCGCCUUGCAGACUUUUUCACAAACUGCCAGCCGGAGUCCAGGUCUGUUAGCAGCUGCCUGAAGGAGAACUAUGCUGAUUGCCUCCUGGCCUACUCAGGGCUAAUCGGUACAGUCAUGACCCCCAACUAUGUGGACUCCAGCAGCCUCAGUGUGGCCCCCUGGUGUGACUGCAGCAACAGUGGCAACGACCUGGAAGAGUGCUCGAAAUUUCUGAAUUUCUUCAAGGACAAUACAUGUCUUAAAAAUGCAAUUCAAGCCUUUGGCAAUGGCUCCGAUGUGACUCUGUGGCAGCCUGCCUUCCCAGUGCAGACCACCACCGCCACCACCACCACAGCCUUCCGGGUCAAGAAUAAGUCCCUGGGGCCACCAGGGUCUGAGAAUGAAAUCCCCACUCAUGUUUUGCCACCUUGUGCCAACUUGCAGGCGCAGAAGCUGAAAUCCAAUGUGUCGGGCACCACGCACCUCUGUCUUUCUGAUCGCGAUUAUGAGAAGGAUGGUCUCGCCGGUGCCUCCAGCCACAUAACCAUACAACCGUCAGCUGCGCCUCCAAGCUGUGGUCUGAACCCACUGCUGGUUCUGGUGGCAACCACCCUGUUCACCUUCUCUUUAUCUUUGGCAGAAACAUCGUAGCCGCACUGAAAAAAUCAUAUGGACCUGUAAAAAGACAAAAACCAAGUUAUCUGUUUCCUGUCCUCUUGUAUAUCUGAAAUUCCAGUUUUAGGAGCUCAGUUGAGACACUGCUAAAACAGUUUCAUCCAACUGGAACAUUUAUUUUUCUUUUUUCCAAGAAAGCUUCUUGUGAUCCUUAGGGCUUCUACAGGAUACUCAGUGCAGUGCUACAUUCCAAACUCAGAAGGCUUUGGGGCAUGCUGGAGCCAACAGGGGCAGCUUUAGGUGUGGCGGUAAGGCAGGGGAGGGCCAUGCUUUUCAUGAAGAUGAUGAUGAUGAUUUUAAUCCUGUAACCCUGACCUUUACUCGUAGAGGGGUUAUUGUUUCUAAAGAAUUUUCUGUAGCUUGUGUCAUAGUUUCAGUGUCUGAUGGUGUAACUGCAGCCUCCCCCGGAUGUCAAGCUUUUUUGUCACACAGUGAUGGAUUCUCCUUCAGAGAAUCUUGAUCAACAGGCUUGUGCCCACCUUCACGGUAUUAGAUGAACGAGCCUUCUCCACACCCAGGUGUGUGUUCGUCAGCAGUUUCUGCAUAGACCUUCAAAGCAGAAAAUACCUGUCCCAUCCAAACGGCGUGUCUGUCUGUAGCCAAAAUAGAGCAUGAGAGUGAGCGUGAACCUCAGGGUACCCGGGCCCCUGAACGCCACGCCCCUCAGCCUUACCUGAGCGAGAAGCUUGAAACUAACAAGCGUUAAACACAUUUGACAGCUGACUUUACACGUAUGCGAUUCUAUGUAGAAAAAAAGUUUUAUUACUAAAUGAUUGCAACUAUUGGCUUUCUAUAUUUUGAAAGUAAUGAUACCGUCUUCAUUUUUUACUGCUGGUUUAAUACAAAAUACGCAGAGCUUGUUUGCCUCCCCUAAGUAGCGUCAGCUCCGAUGUUAGCGACACGGAUAUGGCUUUUCACGGGCAGACUCCAAGGAGACAGUUUCGCAGAGAGCACUGCACCACGUCCGUGUGGACAGGCAGGAGGAAGCAGAGCUGCCCUGCAUUGUCCUCCGUUGUUCUGGAAGGAAGCCUGCAGGCCCAAGUGGAAGCUGGUGGCCACGUGCAACUGUUUCCAAAUGUCAACAGGCACCUGGCCAGUUGACGUGGUGAUCCCGCCCUGGAUCUCCAUAUUCCUUGACGAGGCAGCUCUGGCUGGGACACGGGGUGGGACGUGCUGCCCCUCUCCUGAAGCAGACGCGUGCUUGGGGACAGCUAAGGACUGUCUAGUCCCUGCUAUGAGGACUUGGCUACUGUUGAGGGCAGUAUGGGCUGAAGGGCAUUGGCAACCUGCUGGCAUCUCCUGUGUCCUCCAUGGCAGAUUGUGACCAAAAAUGUGGGAAAGGAGGAAGGCUGUGGAUCACGAGGGUCAGCCUGAGGGCUGUGGAGAUGUGCCGGUUGGCACAGACCCGCUAAAGGCAGCUGUUCAUUCACAGCGCAUCAUCUUCCAUCGUCUCAUCCUUCAAUGAGGAGACCCUGAAGUACACUUUUGAAGUGUGGUUGCAAUGGCAAGAUUCAGAACAUACAGUCACCGGGUACAAGCAGCCAUCUUUCUCCCAGACUGAGGAUAGACUGGAGAGUCCAUCUUCACCGGCUGCUGGGAGUGUUAGCUUUCUUCCCAGGGCAGUGGAGACUGAAGGAGGAGUGUGGCCGUCCCCGCUGGUGUUUGCCUUGUAAAAUUAAUCAAAUGACAGGGUGGGGAAUCCAUUCAAUCCAGGCUAAAGGCAUAAUCUUUUAGCUCUAUUGGUGUUUGAAGUACAUUUAUAUCCAAAUGUUAAUAAACAUAAAUAUAUACUACUAAGUACCGACUUUUUUCACUUCAAAAUGUUUUCAAGGGAAGUUCACCGAUCAAAUUUGAUUAGUGAAAGAUUUCCUAAAAACUCUUACUUCAAAUAAACACAUUAAAUGUGUCGAAAUGUUUGGAAUUACAGUCAUCUGAGAAAGCAUAUCUCUUACAGAGCAUAUUUAGUUUUAAUUAAGGUAUCUCUGUGUAUCUACAUUGGGCUAAUUGCAUAGGUUCUGAGUCUCUGUGAUCUACUGGAGAAAGCUAUUGAUUACUUCUGCAGUAAACAGCAGUGCUAAUUAGCUUCACAUGACCAGAGAGGAAGCGGGUGGUAAUCAGCACUAACAAGGAUAGUCUUCGCUGAAGAAUGCGUAGAUGUGCAACUCAUAAAUUAAAUUAUGCAAGGCCUCAUCUAUCACCAACAAGAUCUCAUUUUUCUUCAGAGAUAGGAACAUAAACAUUAGAGUUCCUAAAUCCUCCAUUUGAAAAUAAACCGUUGAUUAAAUAAACGGGACAGAAGUUUAGCGACAGCGUGCUUGAGAGAUUCUUACCAACCAGCCGGCAAGUGUUUCCACCCUUUGCUGUGAUCUCAGUUCAACACGGUGUCCCCAAAACACCGUCACUUGCCCUUCUCCAGAGCAGGCAAGUGACUUAAAUUUCUUAAUUUCUAUCUGAUUUCCUCUUGCAGCUCCAAAAGACUCACUACUUCCUUUCCUUGGUCCCUACAUGAAAGGGACCAUCUGAUAAGGCCUGAGCCUCUCACAGAAAGCAUCUCAUGGUAGUUGGUUUGGACAAAACAGUAGCUUACGAUCCUGUAGACCAAGACACCUGGGUCAGGAUUGAACAUUCUCGACUUACGUCAGAGAACAAAGACGCUACCGCAGAUGGACCAGAAGCACAUUCAUUCCACUGUAACGUUGACUGUCUUUGACCACGUGCUUGAGUGUCUUUGUCAUGGAGCACAGGGAGGAAGACGAGCACAAGAAAGAGGGAGUUCAGGAGCCACCAGAAUACCUAUUUUUCCAUAUCUGAUUUUUUUAAACCUCCUAGUGGUAGAAAAAAUUAUAAAUUGUGUAUUACAUAGGUUAUUUUUCUUUAAGCCUAGCAAACUUUAUCCAAAGUGUGAAAGAGUGUGGUUUCUGUUCAUUUUUUUUUAAUAAUUGUUUUAUCCUGUAAUAAAAACAGUCUAAGAAGCUGUGUCUUGGAAUUC